CGGUCCUGCGCGCGCUUCCGCGUCGCGAAGCAGGCCGUCCGCGCCGGUUCCUCGUUCCGCGCACGGGCGCUUUCUGCGCCGCGGACCCACGCAGCGCGUGUGAUUCGCGCGCUCAUCUCGAGUUUCGUGCCAACACAGAAACAUCUGGCUCGUGUUCCUGUUGGAUCCGAAUGGGUUGUUUUUUUUUGAGACGCGCGCCGUAACUUCUGACCAACCGCGGACCCCUGUGGAGAGUUUGUCCUACUUCAGUAUCAUCCAUGAACUUCGCGACGCGCGCUUUAUCCUUAAUGUGCACGACAUUCCGCUCGUAAUAAGCGGCUAUGAGUUACACGUGCACGAGAGACGUGGUGCGUAACGUCAGCUGAAGAGGAGAUGAGCUCAUACCAGAAGCUCUGGUUUCUACAGCAUUGAGUGACAUACGCCUCUCUGCCGUAUGUGCGUGCCAUGGCUGUCAGAUGAGCAUGGAGGUGGACUUCGAUGGAUUAUUCAACCCGAACUACACCUUUGACGAGGAUGAGGACUACCAGUACAAAGAGGACCCCGAGCCGGGAGCCGGCGGAGCAGCGUACGCCCCGGCUCUGUACUCCCUGCUGCUGGUCCUCGGGCUUCUUGGGAACGGACUGCUGCUCGCCCUCCUGGCCAAGGGAAGGCGACCCUGGAGCACGUCGGACGCCUUCGUCUUCCACCUGAGCGUUGCGGACGUCCUGCUGCUGGCGACGCUGCCCCUGUGGGCGGCGCAGGCGGCUCUGCGGGGCGGGUGGGGCUUCGAGGGUUUACUCUGUAAGAUCAGUGGCGCCGCUUUUAAUGUGAACUUCUACUUCGGAAUCUUUCUGCUGGCUUGCAUCGGUCUGGAUCUCUACCUCUCCAUCGUCCGGGGAACCCGGCUUUUCGCCCGGGAAAGGCCGAGGUUGGGUCACAUCAGCUGCCUGUCCAUCUGGCUCGCCUCGCUGUUGCUCACCGUCCCCGGCUGGGCCUUCCCGGCGGCGAAGAAAGACCCGGCCCGAGCCACGGGCCUCUGCGCUCGCGGCCACUCGUGGCCACUCACUGACUGGCAGCUGGCGUCACGCGUCCUCCACCACGCGCUGGGCUUCCUGCUGCCCGCGGCCGCCCUGUUCUUCUGCUGCUCGCGCGUCCUGCUGCGGCGGCGCGUCGCCAGCGGCCUCCAGGAGCGGCGGCCCGUCGCCGUCUUCCUGGCGCCGGUAGCGGCCUUCUGUCUCUGCUGGGUGCCGUACAACGUCGCGCUGGUCGCGGACACCGCCAGGGGCCGCGCGGCGGAGCCCGCUGAGCGCGACGGCUCGCUGAAAACAGCGCUGACGGUCACCUCCGCCUUGGGCUGCGUGCACGCCUGCCUCAGGCCUCUGCUCUAUUUCGGCCUGUGCAGGAACGCCAGGAAGCGGACUCUGGCCAUGCUGAGAUGCGCUGAAGAGGAGUGCGAGGGCUCGCUGUGGGAGCUGGGCGUGGGCGAGGGCGAGGGGGCCUCGCGUGACGGGAACCCCGAAGGGGAAGCGCUGCAACCGAUGACAAGUAGAGAGCAACAGGUGCAGGCAACUCCGUGCUGAUGGAUGGGCGAAAGUUCCCUCCGGUGACUUGAGGAGCAGCUCGGCGCCUCAGGGCGACGCGGCGUGGCGCCGUGUCGGGGGUUCACGGGAUGGACGACCUCACGAUGACAUCAGGAUGAGGAAUUUGAAAAAUGACUCGAUGCUGCACUUUGACCCACGAGUGUAUUUUUUAUUUUGCAAUCCCUGUUGCACAAUUUUAGCUUGUUAACCUACAUUAUGAAUUUCUUUGUAUUAUUAUUAUUAUUGUACAUUUUUAUAGACGUUAGAGAAAUGUGUCAGUGAACAGUUGUUAAGCUUUAAACCGCCAAAAGGUCUGGAAUCAAAUGGAAUAUUGUGAUGGAGAAGCUUUUGUAAAACCACAAUAUGAUCAUUAUUCCGUGAGUGUUCUUGCGAUCCUCCAUUAAGCAGUUUAUUAACACACAACGUUGUUAUCUUCAGGCAGUAGAGAGAGAGUGUGUGUGUGUGUGUGUGUGUGUGUGUGUGUGUGUGUGUGUGUGUGUGUGUGUGUCACUACAGUGCGGUCAGGGAUUUUCCCAUCAGCGAAUCCCACCGUUUCAUUUCUUCCUCCCUCCUUCGUUGUGUCGGCGGACGGCCGGCCGGUGGUGACACAAGGUGGUGACGUCGUCCACCAUGUGAUGGAGGAGGGGAAGACAGACAGUGGUGGAUGGAAAAAGGACGUAGGUGGCGGAUGCAGGAAGGAGGCAGAAGUCAGAAAAGAUCAGAUCUGAUCUUAAAGGUCAGCGGUGCGACGUGUGUGUGGUUUCUCCAAAGCCAGAUCAGGUUAAAGCAAACAGAUGUGACCUGAAAUAAAGGGAUCUUUCACAACCAAAUGUGCUUUCAGAACCUCAGCGUUAAAUACGUUUAUAGGAGAUAAUAAAACAACUUCCUCUUUCGGCAA